CAACGUCGGAUGACCAGAAAUAUCCUCUGGAAACUCGAUUGUCAUAUUCUGCCUCCCCUUGCUCUGCUUUGGCUUGCCAACUUUAUUGACCGAAGUAACGUCGGAAAUGCAAGGAUUGCCGGUCUGGAAUCUGAUAUCCAUCUGCAUGGAAAUCAAUUCAACACGACACUAGCCGUCUUCUAUAUCACGUAUAUCUUAGUCGAACUACCUUCUAACUGGGUGCUCAAGCGAAUGAAGGCGAACCGUUGGCUCCCAUUUUUGGUAUUUGUCUGGGGAAUCGUAACGACACUGACGGCUCUUGUUCAGAAUCUUGGAGGUCUCGUGGGCAUCCGCAUGUGCCUCGGUAUUUGCGAAGGAGGCUUGCUUCCCGGUAUUGUCCUGUAUUUGAGCACUAUGUACAAGCGACACGAACUCCAGCUUCGCAUUGGAAUUUUUUACGCGUCUGCCUCAUUGUCUGGUGCCUUUGGAGGGCUUCUUGCAACGGCAAUCAUCAAGAUGGACGGGAUAGGAAAUCUUGUUGGUUGGCGCUGGAUUUUUAUCCUCGAGGGCAUUGCAACGAUAAUUUUCAGCAUCAUUGCUGCUAUCUUUUUACCAGCCGAUGUGUCUUCCGCCUCGUUUCUCUCUGAAGAAGAGAGAGAUUUUGCUCUUUCUCGUUUGCACUCGGACGACUUCGUUGUGAACAUGACGUCCAAGUCUGAUCCUAUGCCAGAAGCGUCAGCACUUCAUGAACCCAAGGUCGACAUGAUCACCGUGGAAAAGGUUCAGAUAUCUGCCCGCAGUCGCAUGGAACGUGAAGAAGAGAUCUUUGAGUGGAGAGAGGUUAUACGAGGUCUGACUGACAUACAGACCUGGUUGACUGCCAUCGCAUAUCUUGGCUUCGACGUCAGCCUCUACUCGUAUUCGCUUUUCUUGCCUUCUAUCGUGGCGCAGCUGGGGUACUCUGGCGGACGGGCCCAGUUGCAUACUGUACCGCCCUACGUUCCCGCAACUGUUCUCACAGUUGUCGUGGCGUUUCUGAGUGACCGAUUGAAAUGGCGCGGACCAUUUAUCUUGAUAUUCUUACCUGUGGCAAUCAUAGGGUAUACUGUUGCAAUCACUGCCAAAACCAAUAUGGGCCGAUAUGCAGCUGUAUUUCUCAUUGCAGCCGGCGUGUACAUUUCCAUUGGUUUGGAGCCAGUCUGUCUGUUGAUGUCCCAAUGUUACAGCUAUCCAAGUGGCCCUUGCCUCUUGUCCAUUCUUCCUAAUAACAGCAGUGGACAUUACAAAAGGGCUACCACCACGGCGCUUCAACUCGCACUCGCAAAUACAGGAGGUUUCAUCGCCACAUUUUCGUACACCCAAGACCAAGCCCCAAGGUACAUCCGUGGCCAUGCUAUUAAUUUAGCCUGCUUGGUACUCGCUUGGUUCUUCAUCGGCGCAAAUGUAUGUUACUGCUUGUGGGAAAAUAAAGCACGCAGGGAAGGGCGUCGAGCAGAGAACAUACGCAAAUACAAAGAAUUGUGGGAUGAAGGAACUCGUGCUCCUAUUGGAGAUCGUCAUCCCGACUUCAGGUUCACGUUGUAACGUUUAUCAGUUCAGUACAUUAUGCUACGAAUUAUUCAGUUGAUGCACUAUAUAAGAGAGGAUACAAAGUUCGGACUAGAGGUACAUGUAUGAGUCAAGGUUUGCGAAGAAAAUCUUUCAAAGAACGCGGUGGAAAUGGAGAACGAAGUAGUCCGUCGUUUAGAGGUCAUUAGUAUCAUAAAGCAUUACACAAAGAACCUGUCAGCGAAAAGUCAGCUCAAUUCAAAAAUAGAUAGAGACUGAAUUCUACUUCUUGUUAAUCUGACGCACAAAAAGAUCCAAGUUCACCUUGGCCUGUCCUUUAAAUAAGGUCAACGAUAACCGUUGCUCAUAUUUCGCCUGAAGAAGCUCUUCCAUCUGUACUUCAUCCG